UUUAACGUAUUAAAACUAAAUAUUAAGAAGGUUAGCGUCGGCUUAACUGGUAAAAUUGCUGUCAUGACGUCACUCGUUCGAGCCGUGGAAACAGGCAUAAGCUUAGUGCAUCGGACUGCCCUUUUUAUUAAAACUAAAUAUUAACUUGGGCGAUUAUCCAUAUAUUCCAUAAGAGAAAGCGGAGUACAUCAACAUCCCCUUAAAUUUGCUCGUAUAUUUCAUUUAGACUCGAACAAAGGCAUGUUCAAAUUGAGCACUUGAAUGUAUGAUAAAGUGUUCCGAUUAGACUUGGCUACUAAUUAGGAAGAGAUACCAGUGUUGGAUCCAAAAACGGAUAGUCAGGUAACAAUUGUUUACUCCAAAUAUAAAUUCCUAUCUUCUUCCCAUAACUUUAAAUUAAAUUUAACACUUUACAAAGUGUUGAGUACAUUUCCAAACCAUGACUUGUUCAUCCCACCAUAUCUCAAUUAAUUUACCAACUUUGUGAAAAUUCUUAAAUACUAAGGAAUCAUUCUCAAAAGUUCCAUCAAAGUUGUAAUUAGCCAAAAUUAAAUACUGGAAAUAUAUGGGGCUUUACAUUUUAAACUAAGACAAGUGCAAGAACCGGAACCAGCCAAGUGAGCAGAACUGCAGAAGUAAGUCAAAGAUUCAGAAGUCACAGGUUGUUUCUUAACUUUUGUGUAAUAACUAAUACUUGGCUCAUUACACAUUUCAUAAUGUAUUCCCUAUUGUAAUUUCUUGCCAGCACACUCUUGUUGCUGAUAUCUAUAUACUUACUUUUAACAAUAAAUUAUAAAAAUUCAAUAUCACAGGAUCCCUCAGAUAGCAUACUGAGUUCCUUUCUGAACUUGAUAAUUUAUAAAACCUAAUCAAAGUGAAAUUUUGUUCCUACAUAAAUGAUCUCUUCCUUUCAGGAUAUAAUUCUUGCUUUAAUUUUUAAGUGUGAAGAAAUGGACAUUGGGUCUAACUUAACCCCAAAAGCUAGAUCAUGAUGGGAAGAUUGCCAAGACCAUAUAAGGAGAUUAACACCCAUUCAGGAUACUAAUGUGGGACUUAACACUCCCUCGCACGCUAGGACUGCACAAUUGAAGCGUGCAACACAACAACAGGGAUAGAUGAGUCUGGAUCUGAUACCAUGUUAGGAAAUGAACCUUGGGUCUAACUCAACUCUAAAAGUUAGCUCAUGAGGGGAGGAUUACCCCGGACCACAAUGAGGAGGUCACAGCUGACUUCGUCAAUUAAUAUGGGACUUAACACUAUGAAAGGUUUAGACUGGAAAAAUGUCCAACUAAGAAACUCAUUCAGUUGAUGAACCUAGAAGGAUUACUAUACUUGAGAAACUAAGAUCUCACUAGUUUAUCUUGCAUACGAAAUUUUUAUAUAUGGCCUUACCCAUCCACAUUAGGGCUAAUAUUUCUGCAAAUAACCACAAAUUUGACGCUAAACAGGUCACAUGUUUAUAGCUAAAGCAAAAAACAACCUAUAUAAACAUCAUAAAGCUUCUUGAUUCUCAUUAAACUAUGCAAGAGGUAAAGGGUAGCCCGGUGCACAAAGCAUCCUGUGUUUACGCAGGGUCCGGCGAAGAUCUGCGCCUCAAGGGUGUGAUGUAGACAGUCUACCCUAAUGCAAGCAUUAGUGGUUGCUUCCACGGCUCGAACCCGUAUCUAUUGUCACAUGGAGACAACUUUAUCGUUGCAAGAGGUCGCAUCUUAUGUACUUCGCAAGGACAUUUCCAAUCUUCUGGAUUUCAUUGAGAGGUUAAAGAAUGAAGAAGAUCAAAUAGCCCUUCACAUGGAUCAAAUUGAAAAACUGAAAUUGAAGCUGACAAUUAUGUCGACAUUUCUUCAGCUUUCUUAUUUCAGCUUGGAUGGUUUUAAUGACAGAAUGUCUAGCAAAGCACUACAGGUUGAUGAUCUAGUUGAGUCACUUUUUCAUCAGAGUCGAGAUGACAUGCUGGUUAAAUUAAAGGAUCAUAUUGUUCCUCGCCUCCUGGAAACUAUCAAAAGUUAUAUUAAUUCCCAACAUCAUUAUUCUAAAUCAACUGACACCAUGACUGAGGAUCAGUUGGUGGAAAUUUUGGACGAGCUCCUCGUGAGUCUCCAUGAUCUACCCAAGUGUUGUGCUGAGUUGAUCUUCCCAUUAAUGACUCAGUACAAGGUAAUUCAGAAUGUAUGUGUCAAUAUAAGAGAUUUCCAUGGGUUGAAAGUAAAUGGUUGCGUUAAGCAUGAAAUAGUUGAAUAUGUCUUACCUCAGUUUCAACGUAUGGCUGAGAGAGUAGGACAUUUCUGUUUUGUCCUUUUUUCUUAUCACCUUGAUGUCCCUCAAGUCAAUUUCAAGCUAGCUCAUUUACUUAUGAAAAUUAUCCCUGUUGAACUGGAGGUUAUGCACAUAUGUUCUACAAAUUUGGAAGCUUCAAAGUCGGCAGAAGUUGGUCGCUUCAUUAAGCAGCUCCAAGAAUCCGCUCCAGCCAUUCUUAGAGAAUAUCUGAUUCAUCUACAAGUCCAUAUGGUAACUGUUCUUAAUGCUAGCACUUCAGCUCGAAGCAUUCAUGUCAUGAUAGAGUUCCUAUUGAUUAUUCUAACAGAUAUGCCCAAGGACUUUAUUUAUCAUGACAAAUUGUUCGAUCUCUUGGCACGUGUUGGAGCACUUACAAGGGAGGUAUCCAUUCUUGUUUGCAACUUAGAAGAGAUCUCAAGAAAUGAAGAGAAUAUGAAUGAAACAAAUUGUGGCAGUCUAGACUUGUUGGAAAGUAUUGAACUACUGAAGGAAGAUCUCAAGCAUGUUUUCCUGAAAGCCCCCAAAGACUCGUCUCAACUCUGCUUCCCCAAGAGUGAUGGACCAAUCUUCAUGACUCUUCUCCUUAGAAACUUAAAUGAUUUGCUCAAGUCAGAUGCUUAUUCUGCUGCUUUAAUAAAAGAAGAAGUUCAAAUGGUGAAAGAAGACCUAGAAUUCAUAAGAUCUUUCUUUGGGAAAGUUGAGCAAAAAUUGAAUAGAGAUCUCUGGAAUUGUGUUCUAGAUGCGGCAUAUGAGGCAGAACAUUCCAUUAAUUCAAUUCUUGUUAGAGAUCAUGGUCUUUUGCAACUUAUCUUCUUACUUCCCAGAAUCAUAGAAAAGAUCAAGCUUAUCAAAGAAGAGGUACAACAGAAGAUCCCCAAGAAUAGGGGCCUCGUUGUUGUCAACUCUCCCAAAAAGCCAAUUGAAAUUAGCAAGUCAUCAGCAACCAGUCAAAUAAUUGUAGGUUUUGAGAAGGAGACCAAAGAGAUAAUUAGUAAGCUCACCAAGGGACCAACUGAGAUAGAUGUCAUUUCCAUAGUUGGUAUGCCAGGGCUUGGAAAAACUACUUUGGCUUACAAAGUCUAUAAUGAAAAGUUUGUUGUUGAUCAUUUUGAUGUUCGCGCUUGGUGCACAGUCGACCAAGAACGUAAUGAGAAAAAGCUGUUGCAGAAAAUUUAUAAUCAAGUUAUUGGUUUGAAAGAAAGAUUCAAUGAGGAUGGCAUAGAUGAUGACGUUGCUGAUAAGCUACGGAAACAACUGUGUGGAAAGAGGUACCUUGUUGUCUUGGAUGACUUGUGGGAUAUUGCAACAUGGGAUGAGCUAACAAGACCUUUUCCUGAAUUUCAAAAAGGAAGUAGAAUUAUUUUAACUAGUCGAAUACAGGAAAUCGCUGUGAAAGAUAAACGCCAUAGUGAUCCUCUUUAUCUUCGAUUUCUCACGCAAGGGGAAAGUUGGGAGUUAUUAGAGAGAAAGGUAUUUGGAGAAAAAAGUUGCCCGAAAGAACUACUGGGUGUUGGUGAAGAAAUAGCCCAAAAGUGUGAAGGGCUUCCUUUGGUACUUGAUCUGAUCGGUGGAGUCAUUGCAAGGAAGGAAAAGAUAAAGGCUUUUUGGCUUGAAGUUCUAAAUAAUUUGAAAUCCAUUAAGAAUGAAGUGAAGAAGGUUAUACAAUUAAGUUAUGAUCAUUUAUCAGAUCACUUGAAGCCGUGCUUACUUUACCUUGCAAGCUGUCCAAAGGACGAAUCUAUUGAAAUCUCUCAAUUGAAGGAUUUAUGGAGUGCAGAAGGGCUUGUGGAACAGACUGAGAUGAACAGUGUGGAAGAAGUAAUGGAGAUUUAUGUGGAUGAGUUAAUUUCCAGUAGCUUGGUGAUCGUUUUCAAUGAGAGAGGUAGGGCAUCGAGUUGCCGAAUUCAUGAUCUUGUGCAUGAUUUUUGUUUGGAAAAAGCAAGAAAAGAAAAGUUGUUUGACUUCAUAAGUUCAAGUGCUCCGUCUAAUUCUUCUUCAGAUCUGAUGCCACGUGGAAUGACGAUUCGUUAUGACCGAUAUCUCCUUCCUUGGAAUGAAAACUUAGUCCUGUUCAAUCCAGAAAAGAAAAAUCCUUAUGUUAAACGCCUCCUCUCUUUGAAGGUUUCUGAUGGGAAGCUCAAUCAUCUUUCAUACAACUGUCACCUAAGACACUUGAGACUUCUUAAAAGGUUGGAGCUGCACAAAAUAAGAUUGACAUAUUCUUUGCUGAAUGAUAUAUGCAUGCUUGUUCAUUUGAGGUGCUUAAAGAUUCAGAUGAAGGCAAAAGCUCUCCCUCCUUCAUUUUCAAACCUCUUGAAUCUAGAAACUCUGGUGGUGGAUAACCAGGGAACAAACAUGGUACUAUCACCUAGUAUCUGGAGUCUUGCAAAGCUACGUCAUAUGAGCAUCGAUAAUUGUUCUCUCUUUGAUUCGGAUAUUGACGAACCAACAGUGUUAAAAGAGCACUCAAAGUUAGAGAAUUUGAGAAUAUUAUAUGGGCUCAAGCUUUCCUCUUCUGGAAACACAGAGGAUAUUUUCAAAAGGUUUCCCAAUCUCCGAAGCCUUAUGUUCACCAUCGAUGAACCAUGGCCAUGUUCAGCAGAGCAGAUUUCAUUCCCAAGAUUGGAUGUCCUUAAAGAACUUGAAGAAGUUUGGGCAUAUUUUGAUUGCGCUUCUUUUCGUCAAAAUCAGUGGGAUUUUCAUUUCCCUUCCAGCUUGAAAGAACUGGUGUUGACGAGAUUUAAUCUGACAUCCGAUUUACUGUCAAGAAUUGGGAGACUACCCAACCUUCAAAAGCUGACUCUAGAAGAAGCAAUCAUCCAGGGGAAAGAAUGGAACAUGGAAGAAGAAGAAGUCAUUUUCGAGAAUCUCAAAUUGCUAAUAUUGGACUGGGUAUCUUUUUCUGAAUGGAAGGUUGGAGAGGAAUCAUUUCCCGUGCUCGAGGAAUUACACAUAAAAAGAUGUGAUGAACUUAUGGAGAUCCCAGAUAGUUUUGCGGAUAUUGCUUCAUUAAAGUCUAUCUCACUGUGGGGAAACCCUCAACUUGUAGAGUCAGCUCAUGAGAUUAAGGAAUGUGUUGCUGAAACUAUGGGAGAAGACAAGCUUGAGGUAACGUGCUUCGACUAGUGAGUUAGUGUAUGAAAUGGGAUCAUCUUAGGUCCUUAUCUGGGAAAAUCUGUAAGUAUAUACAAAUUUAUUAACUUUUUUCGUAAAUUAAGUUCCAUCUCAGUAUAUUUUUUUGUCAUAUAUUUUAACCUGUAUGAUCUUCUUCGGCCAGAACAUCAACCUGUAGAGGCUUCAAAUGAUGGACCGAUCCUCAGACUUCUAUUCCUUCUUGCAGCUGUUUCUUAUCCAUUUCCUUUAUUCCAUUGUGGUUAAGCAUUGUUUUUCCAAUUUGGACUUCUGUUCAAGUUCUUUCCUUUUUCUUUUUAGACAGCAGAAUUAUCCACAAAACAAGUAUUGUAUUUGUUCCAAAUUUGUUCUAUUUAGCUUCUUACUCUGACUAUGAUUCUUCCAUUAAUGACUCUUUAGUCACUUUAGAGUAAAGGAUCUUAAAUCGUAGCUUUCUUCCA